AUAAGAUAUAGUCCAGACUUAUAUGAAAAUAUAAGAUUAAUAAAUUCAAAAUUAUGUACUCACAAGACUAAUAGUACUUAUUAUACAAAAAUCCAUCUAGGUACUUAUAAUAUUACAAAGGUAACUAAAAGAUUCUAUUCUUCUGAAUCUAAUAAACCUUCAAGCAAUACUGACGAUAUAAAACCUAUACCUAUAUUAGUAUUAGAUAAUUUAAAAGAUAAAACUUAUAUAGAAUUUCAUAGAGAAAUUUUAAAAAAUAAAGGUGGUAUCUAUUCUUUUAUUAAUACGGUUAAUGGUAAUCAAUAUGUAGGUAGUGCCAAAGAUUUUUAUCUUAGACUUAAUGAACAUUUAAAUAAUAAAAAAUCUAAUAGAAGUUUACAAUAUGCUUUUGAUAAACACGGUUUAGAUAAAUUUAAAUGAAUUGUUUAUGAGUAUUUUACUUAUGAAAGUAAAAUAAUUAGUCAUGAAGCUUUAACUGACUUAGAGACUAGUUAUAUUAAAGCGUUUGACUUUUCUACUCUAUAUAAUUUUAAAAAGGACGCUACAAGUUCAUUAGGUUAUAAACAUACAGAAGAGUCUAAGGCAAAAAUGGUUGAAUAUUAUAAGGAUAAAAACAAUUACCCUAUGUAUGGAAAAACCCACAGCAAAGAAAUAUUAAAAUUAAUAAGUAAGCCCGGGGUAUUAAACCCUAUGUUUGGUAAAAUUCAUAGUGAAGAAACUAAACAACUUAUCGCUACAAAGAAAAAUAAAUAUUUAAAUGGUGUAGGGAUUUUCGAUUUAAAUGGUAAUUUAAUAGAAAAGUUUGAUAAUAAUGUAGAAUUAGCCAAGUACUUAGAAAUAUCUAAAGUUACUGUGGGGAAAUAUUUAAACAAUAACUUAAUAUAUCGAAACAAAUAUAUAUUUAAACCUAUAUAG